ACCGUCACCGCCACCGUGCCACCGUCGCCACCUUCUUCCCGAUAUAUUUCCUAGCAUCCGGCUGGAUAAGUCCAAUUGCACCUUUCGCUUUCAACAAGUCUUUUUCUUCUAUUCCGCCAUACCUACCCUCCUUCCUCUUUCUGCCUUGAUAUUUUUUCUCCAUUAAAUACCCCAAAAUAUACAGCUAGCACUUGACGCCGACGCCGAACACCGCUGCAACAGAGCACUACAGAGAUAGACAAAAUACUAUUCAUUGUUUAAGAUCUAAAAAGGCAAUAUAAUGGGACUCUCGAAUGGGCCAAGGCUCUCUGGAAUGCAGAAGCAAGUGCUUGCUCUGUAUAGAGGAUUCCUGCGAGCAGCACACUCCAAAUCUCCAGAAGAGAGACACAAGAUUGAGUCAUUUGUGUCAUCUGAAUUCCGUCGCAAUGCCAAGCAAAUCGAUCGCAAGAAUUUCCAGUACAUUGAAUACUUGCUUCGCCUGGGUAAGAAACAACUCGAGCAGCUGAAGAACCCUGAUACUAUUGGAUUGUCAUCAUUGACUGUAAAUUCCUCUCAAACCAGAAGACCCUGAGCCCACGAGUAGUUCCAAUUUUUGAUUCCUCUAAUGGGAUCGAUUUAUUUUUUUCAGGGUAGAGAAGAGUAUAAAAUGUCUUGGCUCAUUUGUUGCAAGAUUUUAUAGCUUAUUCUCAUUUGCCCAGUUAAGGUAAAUCCAUUCAUUGUCUGCAAAUUGGCAAUAAAAGAGUACAAUCAAUUAUGUUUUUGGAAUCACAACGCAAUAUGAUGAAGUGCUUGUGU